GCGAGGCGGGGCCGGGCUGCGCUUUGGGUUCGCCGGCUGCGCCCACUUUAUCCUGGGCUGCUGAGCGCGGCGGCGGCGCCUCCUCCCGCAGGUGCUGCCUUGCGAUGCUGAGUUCCCAUUUGCCUUGAUUAAGGUAGAAACAGCCUAUGGCUUGGAUGACUUACAUUUCAAGUUGGUUUGAGCAAGAUGAUUGGUAUGAAGGACUGCAAAGACCCAGCAUGUCCCGGGUGAGGCAGGUGGGGCUGCUGGCCGCCGGGUGUCAGCCCUGGAACAAGGACGUGUGCGCUGCCAGCGGGGACAGGUUUGCCUACUGCGCCACCCUGGCCAUCUACGUCUACCAGUUGGAUCACCGUUAUAAUGAAUUUAAACUCCACGCAAUUAUGUCUGAACACAAAAAAACUAUCACAGCUAUCUCUUGGUGUCCACAUAACCCCGAUCUCUUUGCAAGUGGCAGUUCCGAUAACUUAGUGAUCAUUUGGAAUGUGGCAGAACAAAAAGUCAUUGCUAAACUCAACAAUACAAAAGGGACGCCCGCCUCCCUGAGCUGGUGCUGGCACGCGGGCGAGGCCGUGGCCUUUGCUCCCCGCAGGGGCCCGCUGCUCAUCUGGACCAUCUCGGGGCCGGACAGCGGCGUGGCCGUGCACCGAGACGCUCACAGCUUCAUGUCCGACAUCGGCACCUUCAGGUGGCACCCCCAGAAGAAGGGCAAGGUCGUGUUCGGUCACAUGGACGGGAGUCUAUCGAUUUUCCAACCAGGGAAUAAAAGUCAGAGACAUGUUCUGAGGCCCGACUCCCUGGAAGGGACAGACGAAGAGGACCCAGUCACGGCCCUGGAGUGGGACCCGCUGUCCACGGAUUACCUCCUGGUGGCCAACCUGCAUCACGGGAUCCGGCUGGUGGACUCGGAGUCGCUCUACUGCAUCACCAGCUUCAGCCUGCCCAGCGCAGCCGCCUGCGUGCAGUGCGUGGCCUGGGUCCCCAGCGCCCCGGGCAUGUUCAUCACCGGAGAUUCUCAAGUAGGCGUUUUACGCAUUUGGAAUGUUUCAAGAACAACACCGAUUGACAAUUUCAAACUCAAGAAAACGGGCUUUCACUGCUUACACGUACUUAAUUCUCCACCAAGAAAAAAAUUUUCAAUCCAGCCUCCAACCCCAAAUCACUACACGUCCUCCACGAGCGAGGCGGUGCCCCCGCCGGCGCUGCCCCCAGGCCAGGCGUUCUCCCUGCCCCCCGGGCACGCCCUCUGCUGCUUCCUGGACGGGGGCGUGGGCCUGUAUGACCUGGGAGCCAAGAAGUGGGAUUUUCUGAGGGACAUGGGACACGUGGAAACCAUCUUCGACUGCAAGUUCAAGCCCAACGACCCCAGCCUCUUAGCGACAGCGUCCUUCGAUGGCACGGUGAAGGUGUGGGACGUGGACACGCUGACCGCGGCGUACACGUCCCCGGGGAACGAGGGGGUGAUCUAUUCCCUCUCCUGGGCGCCAGGUGAUUUGGAUUGCAUUGCCGGAGCAACUUCCCAAAACGGCGCCUUCGUUUGGGAUAUUAAAAAGGGCAAAGUGAUCCAGCGCUUUAACGAGCAUGGAAAGAAUGGGAUAUUCUGCGUUGCCUGGAGUCAUAAAGAUUCCAAACGAAUAGCGACCUGCAGCGGAGAUGGUCUCUGCAUCAUCCGAACCCUCGAUGGGAGAGUGCUGCACAGGUACAAGCAUCCCGCUGCCGUGUUCGGUUGUGAUUGGAGCCAAAACAACAAAGACAUGAUAGCCACUGGCUGUGAAGACAGAGGCGUCCGCGUCUACUACGCGGCCACCAGCUCGGACCAGCCGCUGAAGGUGUUCAGUGGGCACACGGCCAAGGUGUUCCACGUGCGCUGGUCGCCCCUGCGGGAGGGCAUCCUCUGCAGCGGCUCUGAUGACGGGUCUGUCCGCAUCUGGGAUUAUACGCAAGAUGCCUGCAUCAGUGUUCUCAGCGGGCACUCCGGCCCCGUGCGGGGGCUGGUGUGGAACCCGGAGAUCCCGUACCUCCUCGUCUCCGGCAGCUGGGACUACACGGUGCGGGUGUGGGACACGCGCGCGGGCACGUGCCUGGACACCGUGUGCGAUCACGGCGCGGACGUGUAUGGCUUAACGUGCCAUCCGAGUCGCCCCUUCACCAUGGCCUCCUGCUCCCGGGACUCCACCGUGAGGCUGUGGUCAUUGGCACCUUUAAUCACCCCUUUACAGAUUAGCAUCCUGGCGGACAGACCAUGGAAGGAAAUUAUCGGGAACACUGAUGACGCCAUUCUGCAAGGCUCGCCCCCUGUGCUGUGCGGCAAAGUGUCGAGGGACAUUAAACAGGAAAUAGAGAAGCUGGGUGGACAUUCGCGUGGGAAGAAGCUCAGGUGGUUUUCGGAGUGUUUGUCCCCUCCAGGUGGCAGCGACAACCUGUGGAACUUGGUGGCCGUGAUCAAAGGGCAGGAUGACAGCUUGCUUCCUCAGAACUACUGCAAAGGCAUCAUGCACCUGAAGCACCUGCUGAAGUUCCGCACGUCUGAAGCCCAGGAGCUGACCACAGUCAAGAUGUCCAAGUUCGGAGGGGGCAUCGGCGCGCCGACCACGGAGGAGAGGCUGAAGGAGGCUGCGGACAUACACCUGCGGCUCGGGCAGAUCCAGCGCUACUGCGAGCUCAUGGUGGAGCUCGGCGAGUGGGACAAAGCCUUGUCCGUGGCACCAGGCGUCUCGGUGAAGUACUGGAGGAAGUUAACGCAGAGGAGAGCCGACCAGCUAAUCCAGCAAGAUAAGGACGACGCCAUCCCAUACUGCAUCGCCACUGGUGAUGUGAGAAAACUGGUCCACUUUUUUAUGGCCCGGGGUCAGCUUACAGAAGCUCUGCUUGUGGCCCAGGCUGCGUGUGAGGGAAACAUGCAAACCUGCCACGUCCCCACCCCCGACGGAGCCUCCGGUCCCGAGCACGCCCGCGGGGAGGACUUCACCGGGCUCCUGCACACGGUGAGCGCGCAGCUGGCGGAGUGGCACUUCCGGGGCGGCCGGGCGGUGCGGGCCGCCUGCUGCCACCUGGCCGUGGACGAUGUGGAGCUGGCCAUGGCAUCCCUGCUCCGCGGGAACGAGCUGGAGUUGGCGGUCUGCGUGGGCACGGUCCUGGGCGAGUCGGCAGCCCCAGCCACCCACUACGCCCUGGAAUUGUUGGCCAGAAAAUGCAUGAUGAUCUCAAUGUGCUUUCCAUCUGAUGAAUACAGGAAUUUGGCAGCCGAUCUGCUCCUGAUGAUUCCCGAUAAUGAACUUCAGCUGGUGAAGCUCUGCGCCUUCUACCCAGGCUGCGAGGAGGAGAUGAGCGAUCUCCGCGAGAAGUGCAAGCUGCCCACCGUAGGAGAAUGUAUGCAGUUGGCGGAGACAGCGCAUGCAGACGGCAAUGUGUUUGAAGCUGUAAAGUAUUACUUGUUAAGUCAAGAACCUGAAAAAGCCCUUCCUGUUGGUGUUGACUUUGUCAAAGAACACAUCAGCAGUUCCGAUUGGACUUUGGAUACCAUUCACCCCGUUCUUGACCUGCUGAGUUACAUUCAGACGGAAAAGUUACUCCUGCCCACGUGUACCGAAGCGCGGAACGAGCUGCUCAUCCUGAGUGGCUACGCGGGCGCGCUGCUGGCCGCCAGGAGACAGUACGCGAGCAUCGUCCCCGCGCUCUAUGAGUACACGAGCCAGCUGUUGAAACGUCGGGAGGUGUCCGUGCCUUUGACCAUCGAGCGCCUCUCUGAGGAGCUGGAGGCGUGGAGAGCCUGCACGCAGCCCGCCCACCCAUCAUCAGAGGACUCUCCCUACACACCCGCUUCCGAGUCACAGAGAAGGGUGCACGCAGCCCUGCUCCGGAGACUGCGGGCCGAGCCGCUCAGGGGGAUGGUGGGGCCGGACUCUGUGACGGGAUCCCACCUUCCCAGCCAUUCGGACGCUCACAUCUCUUGUCUCACGGGGUUAAAAAUCCAGGGCCCCGUGUACCUCCUUGAAGAUGGGAAAUCCGCCAUCUCCCUGAACGAUGCUCUGAUGUGGGCCAAGGUGAACCCCUUCUCACCUUUAGGGACUGGCAUUCGCCUCAACCCGUUCUGAUGGGAGGCCGUUCCCGGCUUCAUUGAAGACCUUUUAUUGGUUAGUAUUAACCUCUGUUGCCCAUGAGCUGAAGGUUGGGAGGAGGAGAGCGGGAAGUGGGGAAUAACAGUCGCUUUUAUUCAUUAAGUUCAAAAAAUAAAAUAUUUAUAUACUUUUGAGAAAAAAUAGGUGUCCCCUUUAUAAAAUAGAAUAGCCAUAUUUGGGGGAAAGGAAAUAUUUGAGCCAUAAAGGACUGAAUGAAUCAUCGAAAAGAGCACAUAAGACUUUCACAAAGUGCAGAAGGAACCCAGGUAUUUAUUGUUGAGACAGGAAAGGGCGCGACCCCUAGGACAGCGCUCGGUGUGCAGUAUAACCCUACUGAACACUCGAAGGACCGGGUUCCAGGCUUCGAUGCGGAAGGUGUGUGGGCUGAGCGUCCGUUCACAGACACAUACCUGUCUUCUAUUUAAUGUAUCAUAAACCACUGGUUUUAGCUCAUCUUUAAUAAAAGUUUACAGUUAUAAGUUGAAUAUAUAUCAAUAAAUAGAUACACAAUCAAAAUACUUUAUUAAUCCUCGUCCAAGGAUAUUUUUAAAAUUGAUUGUUUAAAGAGAGAGGAAGGGAGAGAGAAAGAAAAACAUCGAUACAAGAGAAGCAUACAUCCGUUGCCACCCCUACACUCCUCACCCCCGACUGGGGAUCAAACCCACAACCUAGGUAUGUCCCCUGACCCGGAUUCGAACCCGCAAUCUUUUGGUGUUCAGAACGGACGGUGCUCCAACUAGCUGAGCCACAUGGAGAGAACAUUACCAAGGUUUCUAUCUGAAAUUCAAAUGUCCAAUUAUAAAGGAACCGGUUCUAUAAGCAUGAAAACAACUGGGGAGUGACAACCAAAGUGCAGUGGCAUCUGUAUGAGAAUUUGCAUUUUAUGAUAAUUGACUGUUUUAAAAGAGACCGGGUAUGUAUAGAUAUUAAUUUUCAUUAAUGCACGUAAUACUGACAUAAUCUCUAAUCGAUUUAUAUUGACUAUAACUGAAUUUAUUUGAUGAAAUUUAGUUUGAAGUAAAUUUCCUGUAAGUAGGAUAUUAAAAGUUUGGAUAUAGUAUGUAAACUCAGGUUUUUAAAAUAUUAAUUAAAAGAGUAAAGCUACAAAAAAGAAAAGCCUGAAGCAUGGCCAUAAGUAUCUCAGUUGUUCUAGAAUUCUGACUUUGAAAUUUAUGAAAUGAAUGCAUUUCAGGAAGAACAGUACUUUUAUACUCGAGUCAUGCAGAAUUUAUAAUAUAGAUGUUUUUGUCUAAUAAUCGUGGUUAUUAUUUUUAAACUUGUUGCAUUUAAAAUAUUUCAACAUUUUUCUUAAACAGCUUCUUAAAACAGAAAACAAUAUAUAAUAUAUACCUAUCACAUUGACCACUUCUAACUCCUCAUUAAAUUUCAUUUUAUUAAAAAAAUUAAUACUAUAAAUGAGAAUGUAUGCAACUCAGAGAGGCAGUGGGUAAUAUAAAGUGUAUCUGAGUAUUUUUUAACCCUUGGUAAUAAAUGUAACUCAGAAUUGUUUAUUAAUUGGCAUAUGUGUACUAGAAUUGCCUUACUUCAAAAUGAGUCUAAGUCAGUGGUUCUCAACCUUCUGGCCCUUUAAAUACAGUUCCUCAUGUUGUGACCCAACCAUAAAAUUAUUUCCGUUGCUACUUCAUAACUGUAAUGUUGCUACUGUGAUGAAUCGUCAUGUAAAUAUCUGAUAUGCAGGAUGGUCUUAGGCGACCCCUGUGAAAGGGUCGUUCGACCGCCAAAGGGGUCGCGACCCACAGGUUGAGAACCGCUGGUCUAUGUCCUACCAUAUUCCUCUUUAUUCUGUUUUAAAUAAGGAAGCCUAUCUUUUGUGCUUUAAUUCCUUCAAAAGCCAUCAUUGAGUUUAAGUUAUACAUAUAUAAGUAAUCACAUUUUGUAUUUUAACGAAUGCAGGAAAAACAUAUUUUUAUGUAUAAAGUAUGAAAAAAAAUCAUGUCUGAAAUCUGUCUGAAAUCUAAACUGGGCUGAUUCAAGUGCAAUUCCAUUAUGCUUUGACAUCUACAAUGUUCUAUACCUUAAUGUUAAUUUUAACUAUGAAUUCUUUGCAGAAUUGUAAAUGUCACUUGACUAUGUCAAUCUGUAUAUAUUGUACCUUGAUAUGAAAAAAAUAAUUUUUUAAAUUAUAAAAGCAUUUUCCAUGGUUAGAUUUCAUAUGCAUGAAAAUCCAAUAAACAAUAUGAGCUUAUUUUACUAUUUGAAGAUGUCCAUAGUGUGGACAAAUAAUUUUGCAGGUUUAAAGCUGCCUUUAUGGAGGAAGUCUCAUAAGACAGUGAAUUUUAAAAGGACUGGGAAAAUUUUUUCUCUCUAACAUUACCAGGUGUUUCACAAAAUUGCAAUAUCAAAAUGAUUUACAUGGUGUGAAAACCUCUGAUUUUUAUGUCAGUCAAUUAACGAAACAUACAUAUAUUUCCACAAGACCAUUCAGAUGUGCUCAGGAACAUGGUCGCACUAGCAAUGACUGUGCUUUGUUGUCCCUGUGGUAGGAAAAAUGACAUUUUUUGGUCUUCAAAGGUAUUCUGAAUGUAGUAUACGUGUCACACAUUAUUUGUAAAAUCCGGUAUUUCCUAUUUAGUGCACUCGUAACACGGAAGUUAUGUUUAUAGAGCACUCCUAGUGAGUGCUUAUGGUACCGUACCUUUGAAACAUUUGUACGUAAAUAAAUUGAAAAACACUUCCUGCUGCAUUGAAGCAGCAUGUGACUGUGCAUGUAGUUGUCUAGGUUUGUAUGUAUGUACGUAUUCCAGGUCCCCCCAGGGAAAGCCAGAUGGGACAUGGCUAGCUGGUAGGAUGAGCAUCAGCCUUGUCCCUAACGCUCCACUGCUUCCCAGGGCACUGCAGGUGUGAAGGGUUGGGCUGUCCAUCAGAGAUUACCCUCCCCGGGAGGAAGCCGACAAAAGUCACGCCAUGGACCUUCAGAGGGAAGACCCUCCACGCACAGGAAACGGCGACUAUGUAAGCCGCCACGUGAGCAGGAGAGAGCAGCAGGGUCUUCCAUGGCCCCAAGGAGCAUUCUGCCACUUGAUGGACAGGACCCUGUUCCUGAGGCGGCCUGGCUCCCAGGAAAGUCCUUCCUUCCUUCCUCCUUCCUUCCUUCCUUCUUUCCGUCAAAGAGGCUCUGAGCCAAUGGCCUGCCUAAGACGUGCCCCAGCGUUGGCGUCCAGGGCACACUCAUCCUCGAAGUUCUCACAGUUCCCCACUCUGCUCUGACUGUACCCGCUGCCCUCAUUCACUCACUCACUCACUCUCGGGGAUGAAGCCUGGGGACCAUUUCCUAUCUCUCCCAGUCCUCCGCCCUCCUGCAGGGUCCUAGGGACCGGCCACAGGCACAGGCCACGGGGGAUGGGCUUUUCCAGGAGGUUGAACGCGGUGUCAAGAGGAGAGAGCAGCGUGUCUGACUGUUUAUCCCGACCCAGGCCUUUUCUUGGGAUCUUCAGCUGACUUCUUCCUAACACCCUUCCCUGGGAUCGGCAGUGGAUGGGUUAGUGGUGAUCCCCACCAGCUUCGACUUAGAUGUGUCCUGUUAGAACGCAAGGCAGCAGGUAGGGACCUGAGAGCUGGUUAGGACGUGCAUUUGGACUGAAUCCUUUACCGCAGAUAAAACCAGAGUCUAAACACCCUCCUAAGAAGUCUUCUCUUUCUUUUACUAAAUGUGCUCUCCCCCAAAAUGUAAGAUCAAACAAGGAAGUCUCCGGAGGUAGAAAUUCUAAUAAAACUGUGGGAGCCUUCCACUCUGCAGGAAAAGUGACCGAGGGUAGCUGGAAACUGACCCACACACGGUGGGACUUGCCACUGUCAUCUGGGAAGCCAAAGGGACUGUGAAUGCGAUGGCGUCUCACAGGAGUGAUGCCAGUUGAAGAAAAUGUCCCCAAUACGAACAUAACAUUUCCAAAAGAUGGAAGAGAACCCGCCUUUCAGGGUGCCAGCCCGCUAUGGUCUCCCUGCGGUGAAGUGUGGGCGAUGGCAGCAGCCCGUGGGUACAUUGAGAUGGAAGAAAUGGGUCCCUGAACCCCAGACCAGUUUCUAAGUGAAGGUUUUCCUUCUCCACAGCUCGGUCUCAAGGAAGGACGCCAGUUUGUAAGAGACGUUAACGGCUAUUUAUGGACCUGGGCAAGAUGGCCUGUGGGCCAAUGUACAAGGAUCAUCGUUCAGAAUUAAUGUUUUUAUUUAUAGAUGUGUUGUGUAAAUAAACACUGUCCGGCUGCCUAGUAA